CCGGUCCUCGCCGUCUCCUGCCCUUAUUCCUCUUGACAGGCAUGUUUGAUGGCGAAACUGCAAGCUGCGACUGUGUCGCGCCAGGCAGUCAAUCGCAAACGAAAGCGCAGGCCGCAGGAUGAUGAAUCGCAAGCGAUAACAUCCGAUUCCACGACGAGUACCACGACGACCACGACUGUACCUACGAAAACUCACGAUGGCGGGACCAAACCAAGAACAACCAAAUCCUCCUCCAAACCAGCUCUGUUACGAAAAAGCUCCUCUUCGAACCUCGUCGAGUCCGACAUUCCUUGGCCUGAUCACUUCAAGUAUUUAUCCCUUCUGCACAAGGCUCUGAACGUAGUCUAUACCUUCUGCUGUACUCGCAAGCACUUUGCGACAACAUGGGACAAUAUCAAGUCUGCAGUCGAAGGACACAUCAAAAGACCGUUAAAGGAGGAAGAUGUGGCACAGGUCAAAGCUCUGAUGCCUCGAGCUAUCAAUUUCGCUUAUGUUGAUGAAGAACACUUGAUGGUCACAAUCAUGGGCGAAGAGGAUGGUGUCAAGGGUGGAAGAGCUGAACAUUUCAGGUCACUGGCAGAAGAUGAAAGCGCUCCGAAUGAACAGUCCGAGACAGCCAAGGAAUUGCUCUUCUUCGAAUUCAUCGAUGGCGAUCUGAAAAGACAAGUCAUUGAUCCCAAGACAGGCCAGCCUACGAAGGCUACACAGAAAUUAAGGAACGAAGACCUUAAGAUGCCUGUAUUCAGUCAGAAGUCGAUGUUGAAGCUGAUUGAAAAGCGCAACGUCAAGUUCACGUCCGCCGUGAAUGCUUUCCUCAACCAAUGCGCUGAAGAACAAACCGAUGCCGUGCAAAAGAUCCUGGAGCUCAAAGAACAGUACAUUCCUUCUCCUUUAUCCAGCCGUGGAAAUACACCAGGACCAGAAUUCACUGGCCCACCCAAAUCCAUACCAAAGGACCGAAAGACGAUCUCGGAGAUCGUCAAGGAGAUAACUGAGUUAGAAUGGUACACUCAUCAGAUUGUACCAGAUGGACAUCGUGUGUUCGAUCCUCAGCCAGCUAUCUAUGGUGAUCUGGACUUUCAACUAUCGCAAAAUCUGGUCAAUGCUCUUUACAAUAGUAGAGGCAUAAUGCAGCUGUACUCACAUCAAGCCGAAGCGAUCAACAAUCUGCAUAGUGGCCAUCACGUCAUCGUUUCUACCUCUACAAGCUCGGGAAAGUCAUUGAUCUACCAGAUACCAAUGCUGCACCAGCUUGAAGUUGACCCAGAGAGUCGAGGCAUGUACAUUUUUCCGACCAAAGCCCUCGCCCAGGAUCAACGACGGAGCAUGAAAGAAUUGCUACAGUACAUCCCGGGAUUAGAAAAUGCCAUUGUCGAGACUUUCGAUGGCGAUACUCCGAUGAAUGUAAGAAAUACUAUCCGAGAGGAAGGUCGAAUUAUAUUCACAAAUCCGGACAUGCUUCAUAUCACGAUUCUGCCUCAGGAAAAUGGAUGGAGGAACUUUCUCCGCAAUUUGAAGUAUGUCGUUGUCGACGAAUUACAUGUUUACAACGGGUUGUUCGGGGCUCACGUAGCCUUCAUCAUGCGGCGGCUACGUCGCAUAUGUGCAGCGGUGGGAAAUCGCAAGGUGAAGUUUAUUUCAUGUUCGGCGACCGUGGCAAAUCCCGAAGAACACAUGAAGACAAUCUUUGGAGUGGACAAAGUGAAGCUGACCGAUUUUGACGGGUCACCUUCUGGACGGAAAGAGUUCAUCUGCUGGAACACGCCAUACAAAGAUCCUGGUGAUCCUUCUUCAGGUCGAGGUGAUACAUUCGCUGAGACAGCACGAUUGAUAUGUCAACUUAUCCUGCGUGGUGUUCGGACCGUUGCCUUCUGCCGAGUACGAAAACAAUGUGAGGUCUUGCUGGCAGCCGUGAAAGCCGAGUUUACCAAUCUCGAGAGACCAGAAUGUGCAGCGUUAGUCAUGGGCUAUCGUGGAGGAUACUCGGCUCAAGAUCGUCGACGCAUCGAAUCCGAAAUGUUUGGUGGUAAGCUUAUGGGUAUCAUCGCUACCACUGCACUUGAAUUGGGCGUCGAUAUCGGCUCCCUUGACGCGGUGGUCACUAUGGGUUUCCCAUACACUAUUGCCAACCUACGGCAACAAAGCGGUCGAGCCGGACGUCGCAAUCGAGACUCCCUCUCCGUGCUCGUUGGUGACUGUUUCGCAGUUGACCAAUACUAUAUGCAGAAUCCAGACGAGAUCUUCACCAAACCGAACUGUGAACUCCAGGUUGAUUUACAGAAUGAGCUCGUGGUUGAAGGCCACAUGCAGUGCGCCGCUUACGAGAUGCCAAUCAAGCCGGACGAGGACGUCAAGUUCCUCGGCAAGAUGCUGCCUGAGAUAUGCACUGAACGCCUAACAUACGACCCGAUGGGAUUCUAUCACUGUAACGAGCGGUUCCGACCAUUGCCAUCGAAAUGCGUCGCCAUCCGCGAUACCGAGGAUACCCAUUUCGCUGUGAUCGAUAUCACGCACGGCCGCAAUAUCGUGCUCGAAGAAGUCGAAGCCUCUCGCGCUUUCUUCACACUCUACGACGGUGGAAUCUUUCUGCACCAGGGUAAGACCUUUAUGGUCAAAGAGUUCUCACCCGAGCGCAAGAUCGCGCGCGUGCAGCUUGUCAAGGUUGACUGGACCACGCAGCAGCGUGACUAUACGGACGUUGACCCCAUUGAGACGGAGCAGGUGCGUCGUGUGUCGUCGAAUUCAUUGACAAGAGCAUUCUUCGGCCGGAUCAAGGUCAAGGCUGUGGUGUUUGGGUUCUUCAAGGUCGAUCAGAAACGACGAAUACUUGACGCCGUGGCAGUGGACAAUCCGCCUGUCAUUAUCUUUUCGAGAGGGUUGUGGCUCGAUGUACCCAAGUACGCGUUGCAGAUACUCAAGGAGAAACGGCUCAACCUGGCGGCCGGAAUCCACGCGGCGGAACAUGCCCUCAUGAGCCUCAUGCCGCAGUUCGUGGUCAGUAUGCCAGGCGAUGUGCGGACGGAGUGCAAGAACGCGCUUAAGGAGUUUGCGAAGAAAGAGACGCAGCGCAAAAGGCCAGCUCGGUUGACAUUUUAUGAUGCCAAGGGCGGUGCCGCCGGGUCUGGUAUCGCGGCCAAAGCAUUUGAAUUCAUCGACCUGCUAUUGGAGCGCGCUGUGCAACGUGUCUCGGCCUGCCAUUGUAUUGAAGGCUGUACCGAGUGUAUUUGCGACGAGCGGUGCAAGGAGAAGAAUAUGAUCAUGAGUAAAGCAGGGGCGGAGGUUAUCCUAAAGAGUUUGAUUGGUGCCGAGAUCGAUAUUGAUGCGUUGCCCGAAGGCGAGGAGGAGAGGGUGCCUGCGGGCGUAGAAACGGUGAUAUUUGCGACCGAGAUCAUGGGUAAAAAUGGGCGACGGGUGACUGAGAAGGACUUUGUUAAAAUGGAGAAAGACGAUGAUGAGUGUAUCGUUAUCAAGGACGAGCCUGACGAUUCCUGAACGAUAUUCGUAGAAACGGC